AUGCAGCUCUCUAUACUUCCUCUCCUGGUCAUUGCGAGCCCUCUCCUAGCAGCCCCCCUUGCCGGCAGAGAACUUCAACCCGGCAACGAUCUUCCUCCUUGUGAUCAAGGCGCGGUACAGAAAUACCCCAUCCCCAAGUCCUGCAACGCCACGGAGCGGCGAUUGAUCCCUCCAGGACUGGACGACGCCAUGACCCUAUCGAAACGUGCAAAAGAGCACGGCCUCUGCUUUGGAAAUACUUCUGCAUUGGACCGAAAGUGCUUUGGCAAUGCUCCCUCCGGAGAGGUCAUCGGGAACUUGUACCGGAUCGUCAAUGCCGAUAAAGGAAAUACCCUGUUUCGCUGUGAUGAUCCCGACGGCAAUUGCCAGAUACCAACAUAUGGUGGACAUUGGCGCGGCUCCAACGCCACAGGAGAAACCGUGAUUUGUCCUCUAUCAUAUAAAACCCGUCUGUUCCUUGAAUACUUUUGCACAGGGGGCUACACCGUUUCUGGUUCGCCUCUCAAGACCUAUUUCGGCACAGACCUCUUGCACCGUCUAUACCACAUGCCCGCAAUCGGAGAGGGCCAUGUAGAGCACUUCUCAAAUACAUACGAGGAUGUACUUCAGCUUGGUGCGCAUAACUCUUCUUUUGCCGUUCGCGACAGCGACACACUUCAGUACUUUGCUGCCGACGUGUAUGGCUUUGACAUAGCGAUUCCGGGAGUUGGGUGCGCGGGGGAGCCCUCUGCCUCUACGCCGCCUUCCCCGAGUGCCACCACCCAGCCCCCUGCGACAACUGCAGCUGCCGUACCACCGGUUCGUGUUACCCCUUGA